AUGUCUGAUGAGGAACACAAAUCAGAAUUACUCGACGUGUUUAAUGACAUCAUGAAUAAAAUUAAUGAACUACCCUUACACCCGAAAAAUAAAAUUCUACUAUACAGUCGUUACUUGCUGUCAAAGAUAUCCUGGGACUUCACUGUUUCUGAUAUAUCUAAGACCUGGAUCUGCGAAACGUUAGACAGUAUUGCGACAAAAUAUAUCCGAAAACGGCUGGAACUUCCUGUCUCUGCAACCCUUAGCAACGUGUUGCUUCCACAAAACAAAUUUGCUCUGAAUAUUAUUCUCCCUUCGACAAAAUUUAUCCAAUGUCAAACUGUCUCUCGAUCAGCUUUAAAAUACUCACCAAACGUAGAUAUUAACAAUCUAUGGGCGGUGACGAGCACCAACAAGAACGUACAGUAUGAUAUUUACAAAGACACAAAAGACGUACUUAAGGCAGUUAGAAAAGAAAACGAACAAAGACUUCAAAACCACCUCAUUUCGCAAGGUUCUUUCUUUUCCAGUAUCAUGAAUCAUUCCACAUCCACAUUCAACUCGUUAUGGUCAUCCGUUCAGAGCAAACUUCCGAAAAACAUUUUUAACUUCACCAUCCGAUAUAUCAAUAACACACUUCCAACACGAAAGAACCUAUCAAAAUGGGGACUAUCAUCAACAUCCGAUUGCUCUUUCUGCUCCUCACCUGAAACGCUGCUCCAUGUGAUUGCUGGAUGUAAGACAUAUUUAGACGAAGGCCGGUUUACAUGGCGACACGAUUCUGUUUUAAAUUUCCUCGCAUCCACUCUUACUGCUGUGAAAAAUUCCACACUUUACGCGGACAUUCCUGGUUUUAUGAAUCCAUCUGUUAUCACGGGAGAUCGUUUACGACCUGACCUUCUGCUGGUGACUGAAAACAGAUGUUUAUACAUCCUCGAGCUUACAGUCGGUUAUGAAUCCAAUCUGCAAGUUAACGCCAAUCGUAAGCGUCAAAAGUACCGUGAUCUAAUCAAUGAGCAGAAAGCAGAUUAUGAUAAAGUCAAUUUCGUCAAUUUAUCCUUAAGUACCCUCGGAGUUUUUGGCCGAUCUUCUGAAAAUUUCGAUGGCAUGCUAAGUAGCCUUAAAUGUGAUGUCAAGUAUAGUAAAUACAUAAAGAAGCAAAUCGUGAACAUAUGCAUACAAACAUCAUAUUAUGUAUUUUGUAAAAGAAACAAGGUGUGGGAUAACCCAAAAUUAAUGUUAAUAUAA